GAGCAGGAGGAGCAGCCGUCUCCUCAGAGCCCUCCGGGCCCACCGGCACCGGGCCCCCAGGCCCAGUCUGACCAGCGUGCGCAGCGCCCAGGUCUCGGCUCCUCUGGGCCUCCGCCCCCCCGGCGCUCGGACAGCCCGGCCACUCGGAGCUGCUCCCUUUCGUCGGAUAAUCGGACUCGUUGGUGUUUCCUGUCUCCCGAGCUGUCGGGCGCUCGCCGGAAGAUGUCAAGCUGGAGAUUUCGAGUAAGGAAAAGGAACCCCACGUCCUUCCGGACAGAAGAGGAUGAUCUGGACCUGGAAGCCCUGAUGAAUGACAUGAACACUUCCAUGGAGAGUUUGUGCCCAACUGGUAACAUGCAGUCUGAGUCGGUGCCCACACGUCAGAACGGCCAGCACACUCGCGGCCAGCCACCACCCUCAGGAACAAAGCCCCCUGAGCCGAAGGCAUCCUCACAGCAGAAGGUGCAGCGCUCCCAGCCCAUGCACAUCACGGCUGUCAGGCGCCUGCAGGAGGAGGACCAGCAGUUCCGAACCUCGUCGCUGCCAGCCAUCCCCAAUCCUUUCCCGGAGCUCACUGAAACAGGGAGCCCCCCUGAGGUCACGUCCGGCUCCUUACCUCCGAGCCAGAGCCAGAGCCAGCACCCCUGUCUGCUACAGGAUGUUAGAAUCUUUGGUGAAGACGGGACCUGCAAAGUGGUGGAGAUUCCAGUGGACAUGACGUCCAGGGACCUGUGCCAGCUGCUGGUGUACAGAAGCCAUUGUGUGGAUGACAACAGCUGGACCCUGGUGGAGCACCACCCUCACCUGGGGAUAGAGCGGUGCUUGGAAGACCAUGAGCUGGUGGCCAAGGUUGACGGCACCAUGGCCGGGGAGAGCAAAUUCUUAUUCAGGAAGAAUUAUGGCAAAUACGAGUUUUUCAAAAAUCCGACGAAUUUCUUCCCAGACCAGAUGGUUACCUGGUGCCAGCAGGCGAAUGGUGGUCAGACCCAGCUCCUGCAGAAUUUCCUGAACACCAGCAGCUGCCCUGAGAUCCAGGGGUUCCUGCACGUGAAGGAGCUGGGGCGUAAGUCCUGGAAGAAGAUGUACCUGUGUCUGCGCCGGUCUGGCCUCUACUGCUCCACCAAGGGGUCUUCCAAGGAGCCCAGACACUUGCAGCUGCUGGCGGACCUGGAGGACUGCAGCGUCUUCUCCGUGUUCUCGGGCAAGAAGCAGUACAGCAUCCCAACGGACUUUGGCUUCUGCAUCAAGCCAAACAAAGUCCUGCAGGACACAAAGGAGCUGCGGGUGCUGUGCGCAGAGGACGAGCAGGGCCGCACGUGCUGGAUGACCGCCUUCCGCCUGCUCAAGUAUGGAAUGACCCUGUACCAGAACUACAGGCUCCCCCAGCAGAGAAAGAACUUUCUGGCAGCCUUCUCCAGCUCCUCGCGCAGUGUCUCUGAAAACUCCCUCGUGGCCAUGGAUUUCUCUGGGCAGACAGGAAGGGUGAUCGACAAUCCUGAUGAAGCCCAGAGCGCAGCCCUGGAGGAAGGGCACGCCUGGAGGAGACGGAGCACUCGCAUGAACGUGCUGGGGAGCCAGAGUCCCCUCCCCCACCCUUCCCUCAACACCGUGAUCCACAAGAGCCAGCACUGGUUCCAUGGCAGGAUCUCCCGAGAGGAGUCACACCGGAUCAUCAAGCAGCAGGGGCUGGUGGAUGGGCUCUUUCUGCUGCGCGACAGCCAGAGCAAUCCAAAGGCCUAUGUGCUUACGCUGUGCCAUCACCAGAAGAUUAAAAACUUCCAGAUCUUGCCCUGCGAGGAAGACGGGCAGGCGUUCUUCAGCCUGGAUGAUGGGAACACCAAGUUCUCUGACCUGAUCCAGCUCGUCGACUUCUACCAGCUCAACAAGGGGGUGCUGCCCUGCAAGCUGAAGCACCACUGCGUCCGCGUGGCCUUGUGACUCCAGGGCGGCUUGGCCGGUGGCUGGGGCCGCGCCCGUGUGGCCUGUGACCCCAGACCCACCGGGGCUGGCGGCUGGAGGGAGCCGACCCUGGAGGAGUAGGAGGCCUGUGCAUGAUUGAGAACACACUUUGAUUCUAUACCUUGGGAGCAAAAUCGGCUCCUUAGGUGCCAACCCCCACGAUUGGAUAGUUUCUUGGACUUAAUGGUGAUUUGCUGCUGUGGACCCCGCCAGCCAAACCGGGGUCACAAAAGAGCGAGCGCUAAUUUGAGGACAAACUGGAACCAUCGUCCUGGCGGGGCCACGAGAGAAGUGAUUGGGAAUGAACUCUUGCCCUGGAAUAAUCUUGACAAUUGAAACUGCGAUGUUUACUUUUGUAUUGAUCACUCCUUUGCACUCCUUGUUUUCCAUGUUGUCCUCGGCCUCUGGUGGCAGCCUGCGGCUUUUCAGUGCGUUCAAGACGGAGAGACGGUUCGGGAUGGGCAGACGUCCCCGACGGAGUGCGGCCCCCAGAGGUGUCCAGAGGGCGGCCCCACCUCCUGCGGGUCUCCGCGGGUGGACUCAGCUUCCAAACAACAGAGACCCUCGCCCUUCCCGGUUUACUUGAAAAGCUUCUUAAAAAAAUAGAGGUGUCACCUGUGGUCGGCAUUGGGCACGUUUGUGGACCAGUCAGGCAGCCACCGUCUGUCAAUCACUUCUCUGUGCACAGGUGCUGUGCUCGUGUCCCCAGGGUGCCACGUCUUCCACGGCGCAGGAGCCUUGAUUUCUCAGAAAACUUAGUGCUCUGCGCCCGCCAGGGCUGAGUGGCUGCCGAUAGCUGGGGACGGCAGCCCUCCUAAGACCCCCGGUACCCCCAUCUGCCCGCGGUCUGUCCGCCUGGGCGCCUGCAGCCUGCUCUAGAGCGAUCGCCGCCCAACCCGCUGCAGUGGCCUGAGUCCCCUCCUGGCUUUUCUCCCUUGGGGAUUCAAGGCUCUGAUGAGAAAAUGUCACCUGCUAGGCUUCCUGCAGCCACCUGCAGGUUUCCAUGGUGACAGACAUUGAAAGGGCACGUCCCUGGCCCGGCAUUCCCGGUCUGUGCCUGAUGACCCCCCCUAUCCUGAGACCCCAGCGCA